CGCCCCGAGGGCGUGGUCUCGGCAGCCCUCGGUGGGCGGUGCCAAGGGCCGCGCAUGCGCCUGGCGCGGGCGGCGGGGGACUCGCUGCGAGCGUAUGUGCGCGCUCGCCGCUCCCGUGUGGCGGGCAGCGCGCGCGGGGUCGGGAGCUUGCCGGCCGCCGGACAGGCUCGCGCUCUGGCCGCCACCGCCAUGUCCGCCAUUAUCGAGCAGGAGUUCCAGAAGAUCGAUGCCACCAACGACUGGCAGGCGCGUUAUCUGGAAAUUCGACAUAAAUCCAGUGACUACCCCCACAGAGUUGCAAAAUAUCCAGAAAACAGAAAUCGAAACAGAUACAGAGAUGUUAGUCCAUAUGAUCAUAGUCGUGUAAAACUGCAGAACACCGAGAAUGACUAUAUCAAUGCCAGCCUAGUGGUCAUAGAAGAAGCCCAGAGAUACUACAUUUUAACACAGGGUCCACUACCUAAUACAUGUUGUCAUUUUUGGCUAAUGGUAUGGCAACAACAAACCAAAGCAGUUGUCAUGCUGAACAGAAUUGUUGAAAAAGAAUCGGUGAAGUGUGCACAAUACUGGCCAACAAAAGAAGAGGAAGUAAUGACAUUCACUGAAACAGGUUUCCGUGUGAGGCUAGUAUCUGAAGAUGUCAAGUCCUAUUACACAGUACAUCUCCUGCAAUUAGAAAAUAUCAACAGUGGUGAGUCCAGGAUGAUCUUUCAUUUUCAUUAUACUACAUGGCCAGACUUUGGAGUUCCUGAAUCCCCAGCUUCAUUCCUGAACUUUCUGUUUAAAGUCAGAGAGUCUGGUUCGCUAAGUCCUGAACACGGACCUGCAGUGAUUCACUGCAGUGCAGGGAUAGGACGUUCCGGCACAUUUUCACUAGUAGACACUUGUCUUGUCCUGAUGGAAAAAAAGGACCCAUCUUCUGUAGAUAUCAAGAAAGUAUUACUGGAUAUGAGAAGAUAUCGAAUGGGACUUAUUCAGACUCCCGAUCAAUUAAGAUUUUCAUAUAUGGCAGUAAUAGAAGGAGCAAAAUACAUAAUGGGGGAUUCAACUAUACAGAAACGGUGGAAGGAGCUCUCUAAGGAGGACCAAGCACCAAGUUCUGAGCAGUCUCCUCCACACCCAACCAAACUAAUCACAGAGAAGUACAAUGGGAACAGCGUAGGCCUGGAGAAUGAAGAUCAAAUGGAGAAAAUAAAUACUGACAUGUCCACUAAAGUUCAAAAUACGACAGAUGGAAAUAUUGAAAGUACUGUCCGAAAACGGCUGCGAGAGGAUAGAAAAGCUAACACAGCACAGAAGGUGCAGCAGAUGAAGCAGAAGCUAAAUGAGACUGAAAGAAAAAGAAAAAGGUGGUUAUAUUGGAAACCUAUUCUCACUAAGAUUGGGUUUGGUGCACUGAUUUUAGCUGGUGCUUAUUCUUGCUGGAAAAUGUAUUUUCAAGAACAUUCCCUGUAAAUAAACAGUAAGCCUGUCUGCUCCAGCAGCUAAUUUUGCUGAAAGUUGAUGACUAGGGGUGUGACUUUAAGCGGUAAACUCCUUACACCUGGAAUGGGUACAGACAAUACAAUAGAGAAGUGAUGUAAACUUGAUCCCAUGGCAACAUCUCAGGACUUUCCACUGCAGGUACUUAGAAAAAUGAACUGCUGCCCCCCCAACAAAGCUGACUUUUUGUUUAUAUGAGCAGGUACAAACUUGCUGCAACUGUUUAUACACUUUUUUAAAUGGUGGAUCUUAAGCAAACCCUGAACCACAGAGGUUUAGCUACUGAAGGCUGUCUGGAUUUAAAUUUACAUGCCUGACAUAAGCAAUAAACAGUGUUGUAUCAUUUACGUUAUUAAUGCAAAGAAGUUAUCCUUAAAUGUGUGUAAUUGUGUAAUGUACUAGUGACAUGAACAUAAACAUUUUAUAUUCUUAUGACCUAGGAUAAAUAUAUUUUCUAAUUGCAUAUUUAAUCUUUUUGUAGUUCACUGUACUUUUAAAAGCUCAGUUUGUACAAAUUUCUGACCAAAAAGAAUUUGAUUUUGAAACAAAAUGUAAUUAUAAUUUGUGCAUGAAAAUAAUAGUGCAACCAUUCCCCAUAUUUUGACUCUCAGAUUUAUGAUGUGAGCAGCUAGGGGUCUGAUGAAGCACUUAACAAUUUCUACUCUGUUAAUUUGCAUUCCUUAUUUAUUUUUUUGUAGUUUUCAUUAUUUAAGGCUUGGAAAUUUGAUUUUUUUUUAAAGGUUUUUGAGAACUUAGCUCCCACUGAAAAGCAUACUGUUACAUUGAUUCUUGUAUUCAGAUUCCAACUACUGUUUGAAGGCCAACAUUGUUAAAGUUCUGACAUUCCAUUAAAUGUGAAACAUGGUGUUUUGUGUGUCUAUAGAUUUUAAUUGCUAGAAAGAAUAAAAUGAACGCUUCAGUAAUAGGUGUAGAAAGCACAUCAGAGGAAACUAUAGUUGGACUCCCAAGGGCGGUAGUAACAGGAAGCAAAUGUUGGCAGAAUUCUGCCGUACCCAGCGUGUUCAGCUGUAGGAGCCACUUCCAUAGCUUGAAAAAGUCUGCGUAGAAUUGCUUUCCAGGUUUCCCAGCACUGUAUCGAAGAGGCAUGACUUAAAACACUUAAUGACUAAUGUUUUGGGAAUACCUAUUCUGCAGUCACUUUAAAAUUAUUGAGCACUCCUUUUCCAUUAGUUGGACGAUAACACUUUCUAAAUAGUAAUUCAACACAGAUCACUUUCUGUCCUUUGAAUGCAGAGAUUGUAUGUUGCUAUAUGUAGCUUGCUGUCAUUCGAGUUGAGACCAAAUACUUGUAGUGUUGGACUGCACUGCGGAACCCAGAUUUUAUUUAUUCAAGCACUGCCUUGUUGGGUGACUUCAAAGAAGUUGUGUUUUCUCUCUCCAUUUUCCCAGUUUGGUUGUUUUCUGUUAGGUAUAGGGUUGGCGGGGUGUGUUUUUCCUUUUUAUGUUUUCCCCCCUCCUUUUGUAAAGCACUCUUUGAAUUUACUGCUGAAAAAUACUAGAAGAGCUAGAUAUUAUAGUUACUUUGCUCCUUAUCCAAAGGAGUUAACGUAAAAGAUUUCCAGCAUGUUCAGGCUUCGUAGUAACAUACCAGGCAUGGGGCCCAAAUAGUCUGACAUUUACUACGCAAAGCUGAGUUUAUUCUUUGAAAUUCUCAUUUCACAAUAGCUAAUACUAUUUUGGACUGUGCUGCUUAUAUAGUAAACAAAUGCUUAAGGGGCCAGAUAAGGAAAACAAGUGCAGUUUCUUAGAACAUCCAGUUCUGAUUUUGGGAAACUGCAUGUCAGUAAAACAAGAGAACUUGUCCUGUGGCAUUACUGAGCAACUGUGUGGCUCUAAUAGCAAAAUGACUUACUGGCAGCUGUGGCACGCUAUAGGCAGGCAGCUUACACACUGUAAGACAUUUCGUAAUUGUUCCAACCACAGUAAUUCUUUCGGCCAAGAAGAGGCUUGGCAAGAUAUUCUUUAUUUUUUUCUUUAAAUUGGGAAGACGGGUUUUUCAGUAUCAGCUCUAACUGAUGGUAGGUGUAAAUGUAGUGCCUUAUAAAAGAUAUUUUGGUUAUGGGAAAACACAUGGAAUGUAUUUAAAUGCUUGUAUAACAGAAAUAGUGCAGAUUUGAUUCUAAAUACUUGAAAGCAGAUAAGAAAAAAGUGCAGGCAAAACCUUGACUGAAAUGUAUAUUGCCUUUCUGUUUGCAUGAGCAGGAUUUCCUGGGCCACCAGUACCCUACAGCCACUGAGCGCUAACUGGGUCUCGUCAAGUUAGCACUUGAAUUUUUUCCUGUUUCCAUCUUCUAAAUCCUGGCUUUUUUGUUCUCUGGAUCCUCUUGCCUGGGUAGGGCAGGGCUGGAGGGGGCCUGCCUUUCAUCAUCUCACGUUCUGUUACCUUCUUGAUGCAAUAGAGUAGGACUUAGACAUUCAGCAGUUGACCUGUAAUAAUUUGGUUUGGUUAGAUGAUUGUGAGUAUCUUGAGAGUUUUAACUGUUAAUAAUUUAAGGACCACAAACCAAGUCUUGGACAACACUGUUUUGUAGAAUGAAUUGUCCAUGACAGUAUGGGCGUAGAAGGGAAAUUAAGCAUUAGAUGCCUUGGUACAUUCCAGGAGAUAAUUUGGAUAAAACUCUUCUUUCUGGUCUGUCAGUAAUCCUUAAAAACCACAGUCUGGGGAGGCUUGCUUUCUUUACUGUAAACUCGGCCCUUGUCAUACUUUGUUAUUUUGUAGGAUUUAAACUUGCAGCAGUUUUGCACAACUUGGAUGUUAAGUAGGAACAAAGAUGAGCCAAAAUGAACAACUGUCAAUCCCAGUGACCUCUGUUGUAGGAAAUGCUUAAAGAGAGUGUUGAAAUGAAGGACAUGCCUUCUGACCCCUCUCUCUGACCCCCCAACCCCAUUUCUGGCAACCUGCUGGCUGGUCCUGUGCUGCUUCUAAAAUGCUGUUGCACUCGAUUCAAAGUGUUACUGUGUUGGGUUUUUCCCUCUGGUCUUGAAAUACAUCAGUCAAAAUAUUUGAUGCGUAGUGGACUUCCUUGAACUUGAUUCAAGAUAGUUUGACUUGCAGAUGAACAUUUGUACACAAGAAAAAAAUCACCAGCAAACAUGUGGGCCUCCAUUGCAAGGGGUUUGCAAAUUCAGAAUUAGUCCUUUAGGUUUUCUGUUUAUGCUCUUGGUGCAGGGACUUAGAGUGCUGAUACAUCUGUAUUGAAAUGUAUUAAGUAAAAUAAUGGAAUUCAGUGUGAAAUAGCGAUUCGAAAAAAAAUACGGAUUUAUUUUAUGGAAGUAAGAUGUUGCAAGUGAAACAGCUUAUUCUGUUAAACCUUGAGUAAAAUGGUUUACUGACCUGAGUUUACAUCCCACAGAAAAGGGGAGAAGUGUAAAUGUGUAUGCAUGUACGUGUGAUUGGAUUGUGCAGGCGUUUAAAAAGGCUGGCUAGCUUUAAGUUUAAUGAAUGUUAACCAAAGUAUUUAGUUUGCUGUUUGGCAUUAUAGUUAAACCUGAGACACUUGAGGACUGCAUGAGAAACUAAAUUAAAGAUGACAAAAGACGAAGUCUUCUGCAUAGCCAAGUGGCUUAAGUCAGAGGACGAAGUUCACAUAACACACAGUAGUCUUCCUGGGCUUUUUUGUCUUUCCCCAAAGUUUUAGGUCAGUCUCUCAUUUUUAUGUACAAAAAAUAAAUGUGUUCAAAAUUG